AUGCUCUUGGGUUCUCGGCAGGCAUCAAUGCAGACAGCAGCUUUCAUUGCACUGUUCACGUCACAGGAGUCCGUCAGCUGGUGUCUUAACACUCCAGCUGAUCUUCUCCUUCAGUUGGAGUUUGCUACAUCCUUAUUGGCUGCCAACUUCAGCUGA